AUGGCGGCGACAACUCGGCGCGCUGCUAGCGUUGAGGACUUUCACAGCGGCAGCGGCGGCGGCGGUGGCGGCGGAGGCAGGAACUUGUACCAAGUCGUACGCGAUAUAAAGCGCGCCGAGUCCACCGUGUACAACGCGCUGCGCUCGAUCCUUUUAGACGCGUCGUUCGUGCGCGAGAUCCACGCCCUCUGGCCGUCGUUACCGUUGCUGGCGAACCUGCGCUGCGGGCUGUGGUACGCGCCGCCCGAUGACGUGGCUGCCACGUGUUACUUCAAGUCGACGGAUGGACACACGGGGAACUGGGAUUUCAGCGCGACGCGGAUGAACCUCCACGUGGCAGACAUGGCAGGUCUAACCCCUCUUGUUCCUCCAAUCAUCUCUCCGCUUUCGCAGUCCCCCAACUCCCCGUCUCUUCCUUCCACCCCACCUUUCCCCCCGCACUCUCGUCACACCAGUCCUUCGACCUCUUUCCCCCUCAAGCCCCCCCUCCCCCUUCCCCCCGUUUCCCCCGCUCUCCCCUUCCCUCCCUCCCCGUCCUCCGUCCCCCUCUUCUCCCCCAACCCUUCCCCUCUCCUCCUCUGCUCCCCCUUCCCCCCUUCAUUUUCUAUAUCCCGAACGGCAGCGCGCAGCGGCGGCGCGAUGAUAGUGGACGCGACGCGGCGGGGAAAGGUGUUUCCCGACAGCCUGUCCAAGACCAUCCCCAUCUGGGCGUGCGUCGUUAACCGCGCCGUGCAGCGCGUGCGCGCGCAGGGGAGAGCGCGGGAGGAGGGGGGAGAGCGGGGGAGGAGGGAUGAGAGGAGGGAGCAUGGGGAGAAUGGGGAAGCUAGAAGCUGCGGGGAGGGCAGGACGGAUGAUACAGUCAGGGCGCAGAAGGGGAGCAGGGCGCAUGGGGGAGGAAACACCGCUGCGGCCUCACCUGAGUCAUUGUCACCCUCACCCCCGUGUGAGUCAACCCCAGCAUGGGACGAGGCAUUGCACCUGCCGCGGUGGGUGUCGAGCACAGAGCAGGCGAGCAUAGAGCAGCGCCUGGAUGCUUGGGUGGAUCGGCUGGUGCUCAUGGCUCCCCCUGCUGCCCUGCAUAGACUGGCUUUUGGGGAGACACAGGGCGAAGAGGGAGAGGAGGGGGAGGAGAGAGGGGAGAGGGAGGAGGGGCGGGAUGGGGAUGGAGGAGAGGGGGGAGAGGAGGGAGGGGAUUGGGAGAAGGGAGAUGGGAUUUGGGAAGGGCGAGAGGCGACAGGAGGAGCAGUAGAAAGGGAAGGGGCGCGCGCGUGCAAUGCUGCUGUUGCUGGCGUGGUGGAGAGGGAGAGGGUGAGAAGGCAGAGGAGAGGGGAGCAUGCUCCGCAGGUGAGAGUGAGAGAGAGAGGAGGAAGGGAGAGGGGGAGGAGGGAGGGGGACGAGACGGGGAGAGGAGGGGGGGAAUGUGGGGGAGGAGGUGCAGCGGAACGGAUGCAGGGGGUAGGAAGGGAGGAAGUUGGCAGGGGGGAGGUGCGACGGGGGGAGGUAGACAGGGAAGGGGGAGUCAGUGGUUGCAGUGUGGGGCCAAGUUCAAAUGACGACGAGAACUCGGUAUUGAAGAGAAGUAGCAGUAAGUUAGGAACACAGGUGGAAGGACAAGGGAACGAGCAGGAGCAACAGCAGCAGCAGCAGCAGCAGGGGGCGGAUGAGCAAAGAGGCAGCAUGGGUUCAGAUGGUGGGGAUGGCGUGCACUGGAUUGCUCAUCUGCCCAUGGCUGUGGCCGCUGCAGCACAAGUCCCGUCGUCCUUCCCGCGUUCCCUCUUGCCUCUCGCGGUGAUAGCAUGUGGAGUGGACCUCCCACCCGGGCUGCGAGCGCUGCUGGACAGCCAGACGCGGACCCACAGUGCAGCGUCUGGAGAAGGGGUUGAGAGAGAGAUAGGCAAGGGGAAUGUGGAGGAGAGUGGGGAGCAGAGUGUGAAGGAAGGCGGUUCAGAGCUGAUACUGAAGAAGCAGCAGCAGCAGCAGCAGCAGCAGCAGCAGCAGCAGCAGCAGCAGCAGGAGGGUGGUGGUGAAGGCGUCUAUGAGGAGCAAUUUCACAUCUCCCUACCUCUCAAGUCAUCCAAGUACGACCGUCUCUGCAUAGCGCGCCACAUACCGGCGGCACUGGCCUUCGCUCGCAAGCACCUGCUACUCCGCCACCGCCUCUUGCUCAUCUGCCCCGACGCGCGCCACAUACCGGCGGCACUGGCCUUCGCUCGCAAGCACCUGCUACUCCGACACCGCCUGCUGCUCAUUUGCCCCGACGGUACGCACUCCCUCCCUCUCUGUUUCUGCAGUCUUUUCCGGGAACACUCCGACUGUGAUGGCUUGUGCUUUGUGGGCUGUGUGAAAACGGUAUACCGCUCGUCUGCCCUGGCGUUAUGCCACCCCUCUCUACCGCUCGUCUGCCCUGGCGUUAUGCCAUCCCUCUCUACCGCUCGUCUGCCCUGGCGUUAUGCCAUCCCUCUCUGCCGUGCAGCUGUUCAGCUAUUCAGGGGUGUUCCUCCCUCCCUCCCUCGAAUGACGGUUUGA